AUGAAUCAACAGAACCCCAACAUACCUAAUAAUCAGCAGCAACAACAACAACAGCAACAACAACAACAACAACAACAAAAUCAACAGCAGAAUCAACAACAGCAGAACCAACAAGCACUUAAUCUAGGCAAUCAAAGUGAUGUACCUAACGCUAAUUGGAGAGAAGAAUUGAAUGUUCAAGAUAGAGCUCGUUUCGUUUCUCAAUUAGGAAAUGCUUUAAAACAUUUGUCUCCCUCUACUUCAGAUAAUGAUAUAUUUGCUGCUGCUAAAAACUUUGAAUUAUCGUUGUAUACUAGAUCAACUAGCAAAAAUCAAUAUAUUUUAGCAUACGCGAGAAAAUUUCAUCAAAUCAAGUUCCAACUCCAGAGCCAGAAUGGAGGUGCACCUAUGCUGAAUGAUAGCCAACUUCAGCUUAAUUUAAAUACAAACGCUGGAGGACAACAAAUGUCACCCUUGUUGCAACAACAACAACAACAGCAACAACAACAACAACAACAGCAGCAACAACAACAGCAGCAACAGCAACAGCAGCAACAACAACAACAACAAUCUGCCUCUCCUCAAGUCCAACCCGUGCAACAAUUACAGACACUUUCUUCCCCUUUAAACAUGAACCAACAACAAAAUAUGGCUGGACAAAACGCAAUGAGACCCAACAUGUUUCAAGCAAAUAUGCUUCAAAACCGACCUCAAGGACAACAACAAACGGGCACGCCUACCCAACCUGUGACUCAGCCCCAACAACAACAACAAACACAGCAACAAGCACAACAGCAAGCACAGAUGCUUGCACUUCAAAGAACGGCAGCUCAAGCAAUGGCAGCCGCUGCUGCCGCUGGAAAUAAUACCGCUGCCGUUGCUGCUGCUGCCGCUGCCGCUGCUGCUGGCGGCGGUGGUGGUGGUGGUGGUAAUCCCACACGAACGAAUACGGCUGCUCAAAUUGCGGCCAAUGCAAACACGGCUCAACAACAGAUUCCCUUGAAUAUACUUCAGAGUUUGAAUAUGGGUAAUGUGAAUCAAGCCUCUCAACAAAUGUCACCCACCCAAUUUCAAGCGUAUCUAUCUCGUCAAAUUGCCAUACACCAACAACAACAGCAACAACAGCAACAACAAGGUGCUAAUGGUGCGGUUGGAACUCCUCAACAACAGGGUACACCUCAACAACAACAAGGGGGUGGUACACCUCAAUUCGCUAAUAAUAAUGCGGUAGUGGAUAACAAUGCCUUGAUAAAUAUGAAUAUACCUAAUAAUAAUUUUCGACCUCCUGUUUCCGGUGUCAAUACAUCAGGGUCUCCGAUGCAAGUGAAUAAUUUCGCUGGUGGUCAAAAUGGUGGUAUGGGUCAACAGCAGGUGAAUCCUGAAUUAUUAAUGCAACAUUUACAAGUGCAACAAGCCCAAGCACAACAAGCCCAAGCUCAGGCGCAAGUACAAGCACAAAAGCAAGCGCAACAACAAUUAGCUCAACAGCAGGCUCAACAAUUAGCUCAACAACAACAGCAAGCUCAAUUGGCGCAACAACAGCAGUUGGCUCAGCAACAACAUUUAGUUCAACAACAAGCUCAAUUGGCUCAACAACAACAGUUGGCUCAACAACAACAACAGUUGGCUCAACAGCAACACGCUCAACAGUUACAAGCUGCUGCUGCUGCUUCACAAACUCCCCAGCAACAACAACAACAACAGCAAACCCCCAACACAACACCUGCUACCUUACAAAAUGGAAUUGCUAAUCCAGGUAGUGGUGUGGCCGUAGGAGGUGCUCAGGUGCCUGCAGGAGGUGCACGAGCCAUCAGUAUACAACAGCGAACUACUGCCGCAGGGAUUGUACGACAAAUGGAUGAAAGUAUUUGUAGCACACGAGUGCGUGGUAACCCUAUUGAAGGAUUAUCUGAACAAGAAAAGGCAGCGAUUCGUGAGCAUACAGCAUUGAUGAAACCCAUGUAUGAUAAAAUCGAUAGUUUGUUACCCGUGUUUUUAGCCUUAACGUCGAAUAUGGAAGCCACCCGUCGAUUGAUCCUGAUGAAGUACAUGUUUGAGGACCAACUGUCCAUGUUGGGCCAGAAUAAAUAUGUCAUCACGUUGGAACACUUGACUAAAUUAAAGGAGCAAUUUAGUGGCUAUUUCUCUUGGGUACGUAAUGCCGUAGGAACUCCCAAUCAACCUAGUCCAGGGGGUACACCUCAGGAAGCUACAGAAGGUGGUCAACAAGCUCAAAAUGCUCAACUCCAACAGCAACAAGCACAAGCUCAGGCGCAGGCUCAAGCUCAAGCCCAAGCGCAAGCACAGGCCCAAGCCCAGGCUCAGGCACAGGCUCAGCAACAAGCCCAACAACAAGCGCAAGCGCAAGCUCAAGCACAGGCCCAAGCACAGGCUCAGGCACAGGCUGCUAAAGUAGCUCAAGCUCAAGCACAAGCACAAGCGCAACAACUUGCUCAACAGCAAGCACAACAACAACAACAAUUAGCACAAGCCAAGGCUGUCCAAGCUCAACAACAAGCGCAAGCUCAGCAACAAGCGCAACAGCGUCAACAGAGCAGUACACCUCAAUUAAAUCGAGGUCAAACACCUCAGAUGGACGGUACGAAUUCAUCCACAUCUACACCCGCUUUACAACAACAACAAAACUCAGGUCAAGCGACCGGAUUAAAACAUACGGGUAUAGAUCUAAAAUUACCUCCAUCGAAAAAGGCGCGCGCGAAUCAACAAGGAGGAUCACCUGCUAAUACGUCUGUCACACCUCAAAUGAAGGGAUCGCCUAUUCCUCAACAAAAUCGAUUACAGGCACAAGGAAAUAGUCCAAAUACCGGUGGUAGCCCUAGUGGUAGUAUGGUUGGUACACCGAAUCAUAUGGUCGAUUUAACAGGUACACCACCUCCCAUGGGAAUCCCACCCCAAGGCGCUAUGAAUGAAGAAAGUCCAUCUGUCACUGCAUCCACCCCUACCGCUGCUGCCGCUGUUUCAGCAGGCUCUGCAACUACCGGUAAUAUCAACACACCUACAUCAGCACCAACAACAACAACAACAGCAGCAGGAAUGGGAGAACCUAUGACGAAUCCUGCAGCCGUGAUUACCGCUGCCAGUCAAGCCAACAUGACACUCAGUCAAAAGCAAGCGCAAACUCAAAUGAUAUACCAAGCUGCCAUUGCUAGUGGUUUACCACCUCAAGUUGUGAACUUAUUACCCCCACGUGCUUUACAAUGUAGCUGGUUGUUACAACAAUCCGCUCAAAAACGUAUUUCAUUGACACCUUCACAACAACAACAAAUUCGGGCCAUGUUGACAGAACGUGUGGAGGCAGUGAAAGCACAAUUGAUGAAGCAACAAAUGUCAGAUGCUCAACAACAAGCGCAUGCUCAUGUUCAGGCUUCUCAGGGUUCAAGAACAACAAAUCAUAACGGUAUGAUUGAUCUUACGGGGACACCAGGAACAGGUGAGGAGGUAAAGACAGAAUCUGCACAACAGGCAGCACAUAUGAUGCAUAUUUUGCAACAGCAGCAACAACAGCAAUUGCAACAGCAACAAUUGCAACAACAACAACAGUUACAACAACAGCAUCAACAACCACUUCAUCAUCAACAACAGUUGCAAAUGCAACAACAAAUGCAACAACAAAUGCAACAGCAGCAACAGCAGCAACAACAACAUCAUCAUCAUCAACAGCAGCAGCAGCAGCAACAACAACAGCAGCAACAACAGCAGCAGCCUGUGUUAAGUAAAUUGACACCUGUUCAAUCCCCUCGACCUUCCAUGGCAACACUUAGACCUGGCAUGGGACCCGAUGAUAAGGUGGUGAAUACGAAAUUGUAUGUGAACGAUGUAUUAAAGGAUAUCGCAGCGAUUUUAUCGGGAGGAGAUGAAGUCAAGACGGAAAGUGAGGUGAUUGUCUUAAAGGUGGUACCCGAAACACCGCGUGCAACGUUAUUAUUUGAACCAUACCAAGUUGAUAUGGAGGAAGAAGAAGAGGAGGAAGAGGAAGAAGAAGUUGCGACGGAUCGAUGGUAUGAAGUAGGGAUGGAAACGGGUGUACCUAGCUUAAAUGAGGUGAUGCCUGGCUUCUUUUGGGACACGGAUGUUAAAAAUGAUGCUGCAUCGCGUAUCUUUGUACAUAAUGAAACAACGAGUAUAUUAUAAAAAAAAAAAAAAAAAAUGGAUCAAUUUUUUUUUUUUUUUUUUUAAAUUAGAAUGAGCAAAUAAAUAGUCUGAGAAAGUGGUCUAAAUAAAAAUGAAGAAGUUACAAACAGAGCUAUUUCAUAUUAACAGAAUUGUCGUCAUAAAGAAAGUUGAACUGGUAAAUAGCGUCAUUUGUAUUUACAUCGGCAUGAAUUAUAUAAACACGUUUGACAGUUCUAAGAACGGAAAACGAAAAAAAAAAGGAGGGGAGAAGAGAGAAAUAAUUAUAAAUUAAAAAAAAAAAACAUCAAUGCAAAC